AUGAACCGUCGUAUCAGAAACCGAUCUUCCACCGCCGACGGCUACCUCCGCUACCUAAAGCCCGGAGCUCUUGCUCAACUCCGCGACUCCAAAAUCAUUGCUAAAUCUCAUCACCGAUCAUCCAUUUCUCAGAUCUAUCUUCAUCGCGUUUCAUCCUUGUCGCCUCUUUCUUCUCCGUCGCGGUCUCCUAACGCCGCCGGUGUAGGACAGCAACAACAGGAGGAAGGUACUGGUACUGUUGCCGCCGCCGACGGCGGUUCCCCUUGCUUUUCCGUCAGAUUUUAUGGUCCUCGGUGUCCGCAGAGGAAGAAGCUAAUGGCUGCUAGAUCUAUGUUUUUUCUCGACCCUAACCCUAAUACUCCGACAUCAGAUGGUCCUGAACCGGUUAUUGAUGCUUUCCCUAAUGAUUUCUUAGUUGCUCAUUGA